GUUAGACAAGCCUGAAAGAGAGCAAGAGGUCCAGCUGACGAUUGACAGGUGUAGGUCUGUGAGCAGGGGCUAUAAAUCCCACGGGUGAGCUCUCCAGACACUCUUUGGGGAAAGGCAAACAGCUGUGGGGAGCACUUGGGACCUGCCUUCAGUGAACCAUGGGGCUCAGCGAUCAGGAAUGGCAGAAGGUCCUGGCCAUCUGGGGAAAGGUGGAGCCCGACCUCGCCGGCCAUGGGCAUGCAGUUUUAAUGAGACUCUUUCAGGACCACCCUGAGACCUUGGAUCGCUUUGAAAAGUUCAAAGGCCUGAAGACCCCUGAUCAGAUGAAGGGCUCUGAAGAGCUGAAGAAACAUGGACUUACCGUGUUUACCCAGCUGGGCAAAAUCCUGAAGCAGAAGGGUAAUCAUGAGUCAGAGUUGAAGCCCCUGGCUCAAACCCAUGCGACCAAGCACAAAAUCCCUGUCAAAUAUCUGGAGUUCAUUUCUGAAGCCAUUAUCAAGGUCAUUGCUGAAAAACACUCUGCAGACUUUGGGGCUGAUUCCCAGGCUGCGAUGAAGAAGGCCCUGGAGCUGUUCCGAAAUGAUAUGGCCAGCAAGUACAAGGAGUUCGGUUUCCAGGGUUAGCACAUACGCACAGAGGAACACCAUGAUGGAGGCCUGGCCAUGCAUCUUAGAGUAGCUUCCCCAGCACUGUUUUGGACAUCUCACAAUUGGUCACCCAAGAUGUGUGGGAAAGCUUUGAUGAGAGGCCAAGAGUCACUCCAGGCAGCGUAGGGGCACUCAGAGCGAUAUCCAUGAUAAACCAUUGUUUCCUGGCUUCAUGUAUACAAGACAAAUAAUCUGCUUUCUUAGGAAAAAUAAUGUAAGGGGUUAUCUGUAAGCUUCUGCCUAUCCUAUCCCCUUUUUCCUUCUCCCUCCCCAAAACCUAGUCUCAUCUGAGAGGGGAAUGGCAUGGCCAGAGAUGAAGGGAUGUGGAGGAACAAGGGGAGUGUUGAGGUGUGUGGUGAAUAAGAGCGUGAAGGGAUGACUCAAAUGGUUUGAAAGGGAUGUCAGGAUGGGAAGCAGGGGCACAGUGUCCCAUUCCUCCCACAGGAGGUUAGCAGGUUACUGUGGAGAACUUCCAGCACAAUCUUACCUUGCUUUGUAGGGUGAAUGCAGCCAGUCAGUCUCCAGGGUCUGCCAGCUCAGAAACUUGCAUUAGUUGCUAAACUCACAGCAAAACUAUAAAAAGCAGUACUCCCUGCGAUCUGUAGGUUUCUGGUAGCCGCUGCUACGCAUCUGAAGUUCUAUUGCACUGGGAAGUGAAGUAUGUGUUUCUCAGAAAAAUAAAAAUUCCUGCACCAGU